UCAGCUGUUGAUCCCUCUGCUGACAGUAAAAAAAGACAUGCCAAUUGCUCGCUGCCAUUAACAAUGACCAUGACCCUUCAUACCAAAACCUCUGGAGUUGCCCUGCUGCACCAGAUUCAAGGCACUGAACUGGAGACUUUGAGCAGACCUCAGCUGAAGAUUCCCCUGGAUCGGUCACUCAGUGAGAUGUAUGUGGAGAGCAACAAGACAGGGGUUUUUAACUACCCAGAAGGCACCACUUAUGACUUUGCCACUGCCGCUCCGGUGUACAGCUCUACUAGCCUCAGUUAUGCCCCUGCUUCUGAAUCAUUUGGGUCCAGCAGUCUGGGAGGGUUUCAUUCGCUGAACAAUGUCCCUCCAAGCCCCGUGGUAUUCUUACAAACUGCGCCACAGCUCUCACCCUUCAUCCAUCACCACAGCCAACAGGUACCCUACUACCUUGAAAAUGAUCAAAGCAGCUUUGGGAUGAGAGAAGCUGGCCCUCCAACCUUCUACAGGCCAAGCUCGGAUAACAGGCGACAAGGGAGCAGGGAGAGGAUGUCCAGCACCAGUGAAAAGGGCAGUCUGUCCAUGGAAUCCACCAAGGAAACCCGCUACUGUGCUGUGUGCAAUGACUAUGCUUCAGGCUACCAUUAUGGAGUCUGGUCUUGCGAGGGCUGUAAGGCCUUCUUCAAAAGAAGCAUUCAAGGGCACAACGACUACAUGUGUCCCGCUACUAACCAGUGCACCAUCGACAAGAACAGGAGAAAGAGCUGUCAGGCCUGCCGGCUGCGAAAGUGCUAUGAAGUGGGAAUGAUGAAAGGUGGGAUCCGAAAAGACCGCAGAGGCGGACGUAUGCUGAAACACAAACGUCAAAGAGAGGAGCAGGAUGCCAGGAUUGGAGGGACUUCUUCUACUGAGAUGAGAACCCCCACCCUCUGGACGAGUCCUCUUGUGAUUAAGCAUAGCAAGAAGAACAGUCCAGCUUUGUCCCUUACAGCAGAGCAGAUGGUCAGUGCCUUACUGGAAGCUGAACCACCCAUAGUCUAUUCAGAGUAUGAUCCUAACAGACCUUUCAGUGAAGCCUCCAUGAUGACCCUGUUGACCAACCUUGCAGACAGGGAACUGGUGCACAUGAUCAACUGGGCAAAAAGGGUCCCAGGGUUUGUGGAUUUAACACUCCAUGAUCAGGUACAUCUACUGGAAUGUGCCUGGUUAGAGAUACUGAUGAUUGGCUUAGUCUGGCGUUCAAUGGAACAUCCGGGAAAACUCUUAUUUGCACCUAAUCUAUUACUGGACAGGAAUCAAGGGAAGUGCGUAGAGGGCAUGGUGGAGAUCUUUGACAUGCUGCUGGCCACUGCUUCUCGGUUCCGUGUGAUGAAUCUCCAGGGGGAGGAAUUUGUGUGCCUUAAGUCAAUCAUCCUACUCAAUUCAGGUGUGUAUACAUUUCUUUCCAGCACCUUGAAAUCUUUGGAAGAGAAGGAGCAUAUUCAUCGUGUUCUGGACAAAAUCACAGAUACAUUGAUUCAUUUAAUGGCCAAGUCAGGUCUCUCUCCAGAUCAGCAACACAGACGACUGGCUCAGCUCCUCCUCAUACUCUCGCACAUCAGGCACAUGAGCAAUAAAGGGAUGGAGCACCUAUACAACAUGAAAUGCAAAAACGUAGUCCCGCUUUAUGAUUUAUUGCUGGAAAUGCUAGAUGCUCACCGAUUGCAUGCCCCAGCAGCCAAAAAUGCUCCCCAGAUGGAAGAAGAGAAUCGGAGCCAGUUGACAACUGCAUCAACUUCAUCACAUUCCUUGCAGACCUUUUAUGUAAACAGGGAAGAUGAGAAUUUGCAAAAUACAGUAUGA